AUGGGUGGCAGUGAAAAAUCAAACCUGGCGGUUUCCUCUCGCAAAACUCGAUCAUGUGCUGAAUGCCGACGACGACGAAUCCGAUGCGACGGCGAACAAGUCCCUUGUGCCCAGUGUGUCUAUUACCAAGUCCCAGAGCGCUGUUACUAUCCUCAGAGACAGUACCGUCGCGAACCGACCAACGCACCACUACUUAACCUACCGCUAUCAUUCUCACAAGUUCCAUGUCCGCCAGCAAGUCAACGGCAGGUAACGGAUGAAUCUGCCUUGAUCGAUGCAUACUUUCAGUUCCUCCAUCCCAUCCUUCCUAUGGUGGAUGAAGCCGACUUUCGUCAGUGUUAUACUCACGGCGGUAGAACAGACCUUGCUCGUGACCCGUGGCUAGCAUUACUGAAUAUGGUUCUUGCAUUUGGCUACAUAUCCUGUAACGACGAUAGUAAAGCUGGGCACUUACAUUUCUCUCAGCGAGCAUUAGAGAACAUGAACGUUUCGUGCUUUGGUGUGGGUCAUUUGUAUAUGCUUCAGGCUUUGAUCCUCUUUGGUGGCUGGUAUCUGCAUUUUCUGAAUAAACCAAAUAUGGCGAAUGCUGUUCUGGGUGCAGCUCAUCGCAUGGCUUUAGCAAUGGGAUUGCAUCGAGAGAUUCCGUUAGACAAAAUAGCCUCGGCGGAAAGUCAUUGGAUGGCCGGCGUGCGCACUAGGACUUGGUGGUGUUUGUUCUGUCUUGAUACUUGGGCUGGAACAACUCUUGGCCGUCCACCAUGCCAUGUUCCGGGUAUGGCUGGCUUGAAUGAAGCGUCGGCAUUACGCCGUGGUUUCCUGGAUUAUGGCGCUAUCUCGAUGAACGCGAGCGUCACAUUUUCCAUUAUCGCUGCUCGCAUACAGGGACGAAUAGCUAAGACCCCAUUGAUUCCGCCUGCUGCUGUGAAACAGUUUGAUAACGAGCUUCUCAAAUGGCACGACAAUCAUCAUCUUGUAUUCCGGGGAGACUCUGAACCCAAUCAGGAUAUUUCUUUGGCAGCUCUCUUCAUCGAAUACCGAUAUUUGAACACGCGUAUGCUCCUCCAUAGACCAUUUUUGCUCGUUCAGUGCGUAAAGGCUGGCAAUGUCCAUAGUGACCUGAUGUCUUUUGCAAACACCUGCUGCUGUGUCGCAAAACAGACAGUGGAUACGAUUGCAAGGACCUGGUACCCAAAUCAGUUAUUGUCGUGGAAAGCAUCUUGGUUUCUCUUCCAAGCUUGCCUGGUCUUGCUGCUCAGGCUCCAAUCCACUUCAAUUUCGCCUUUCGAAGCGAACGAGCUGGAGGAUUAUAUCACUCAAUCAAUGGAUUUAUUCACCAAGAUGUAUCCUUGGCGGACUGCACUGAAGCAAGGGCAAGACCUUAUCCAAUUUAUCUGGUCGUCUCGCAAUAAAGGUAAUGAGGCUUGGGGAUCAAGUUGGCUGAUAUCAGAUGACGACCUUGUAAGCUUACUGGGAAUCUCUGAUUUAACAGGGGACUGUAGUUAGAUUCGAAGUAAUGAAUCACGGACAGAUGUUCUUCAGCCAUGUACUUAGCGAAUGUCCAUCAGAACAACUGAGCCCAUGUAGGCGUCUUAC